GGCAGCAGCAGCAGGAGGAACCCGAGCGGCGCUCGGCGCUGGGCUCGGCGCCCCUCGUGUGUGAGCAGCCGCCACCCGCCGGGCGCGGUGUCCCGGGAAGGAGCCCGGGUACGAGCCCGGGAAGGAGCGCUCCGCCCCGGCAUUCAAAAGGCAUGUUCUUGCUGAUUCAAGAUCAAACAGUUCUGUCCAGGACUCUACACUGGGGAUAAGGACAUGGGACUCCUCCUGCCAGAUUCCAGCUGGUUCAUCACAACUGACAUCUUGGCUGACAACUGUGAAAAGGAUCUUCGGAUUAUUCUAUUUUAUUUUUGUGGGAGACCACAAUCCCCAAACUCUAGGACAUAUCAGGUUCCAUAUUUCGUGUAGAAUUUUAAAAUAACCUUUUCUAAUGAGGAUGUCUGAUAUUCUUACUGUAAAAGAUGAAACUGAUGCAAUGAAGGGUUCAGAAGCUGAAUUUAAAGAUACAGACCCAGUUGAAAACCUAAAAAAAUCAGGAAGUCAGGAAGAGAUUCAAGUGGAAAAGGAUGAAAAUUGUCCUGAUAACAAAAACAAUAUGCCGCGGCCAGCGCAGUCCUUGGGGCAGACAGCCAAAAGGUCCAAGUCAAACACAAAGUUAAAGUUAGUUCGGAGCCUUGCUGUAUGUGAAGAAUAUCCACCACCUCCCACAGCUGAAAUAUCCCAGGACCUCCAGGAGAAAAUUCAGAUCCAGUUGUCACAGUCUUUUGAAAAAGAAGAAAAACCUGCAAAAGAUGAAUCAGAAAAGGAAAAAUCCAGUGAUAAACUGUCCAGAAAAAUGUUAUCAAGAGAUUCCAGCCAGGAGUAUACAGAUUCCACUGGUAUAGAUCUUCAUGAAUUUUUAGUAAAUACAUUAAAAAACAAUCCCAGGGACAGAAUGAUGCUGCUGAAAUUAGAACAGGAAAUUUUAGAUUUCAUUGGUAAUAAUGAAGUACCAAGAAAAAAGUUUCCCCCAAUGACAUCUUACCAUAGAAUGCUGUUGCACAGGGUAGCUGCUUACUUUGGAUUAGAGCACAACGUGGACCAGAGUGGGAAGUCAGUCAUAGUAAAUAAAACUAGCAGUACAAGAAUACCUGACCAAAAGUUUUGUGAGCAUAUAAAGGAUGAGAAGAGCGAUGACUUCCAGAAGCGGUACAUCCUUAAGAGAGAUAACUCUAGUUUAGACAAAGAUGACAACCAGAUGAGAAUACGAUUAAAAGAUGACAGAAGAAGUAAAUCCAUAGAAGAACGUGAAGAAGAAUAUCAGAGAGCUAGAGAAAGGAUAUUUGCACAAGAUUCCCUGUGUUCCCAAGAGAAUUAUUUCAUUGAUAAAAGAAUCCAGGAGGAAGAAACUAAUAGUACACAACAAAGACGACAGAUACUUAGAAUCAAUAAGGAGGCAUCGGGGAGAUCGGCCAACAGCCACCAGAGCAGCACGGAGACAGAGCCGCGGCCCUGGAGCAGCACCGACUCCGACAGCUCCCUGCGCAACCUGAAGCCCGCGGUCACCAAGGCCAGCAGCUUCAGCGGCAUCUCGGUGCUGAGCCGUGGGGACAGCUCUGGCAGCAGCAAGAGCACAGGCAGGCUGUCCAAGACAGGUUCAGAGUCUUCUAGUAGUGUAGGGUCCUCCACGGGUUCUCUCUCUCACAGCCAGCAGCCUCUUCCAGUGCCAGCUCUAAGCCAGCCCUCCCCUGGCACGCCUGCCGUGUAUCCAACUGUCAGCUCUAGUAACUCUCUUUCCUUUGACGGUGGCAUGAGCGGGCAAGUGGCACCUGCUGCUGGCAGUAGCUUCUUUCUGCUUCCCUUGGAAGCAGCGGGCAUCCCGCCUGGCAGUGUGCUGGUCAACCCUCAAACAGGUCAGCCGUUCCUCAAUCCCGAUGGCACUCCGGUUGUGUACAACCCUCCCCUGCCUCAGCAGCCUGUUAGGAGCCAAGUGCCUGGAGCUGCACCUCAGCCAGCCCUGCCCAGCCCCAGCCAGCACCAGCCUGGAGCAAACCCCGUCCUCUCACAGCCUCUGCGGGCUCUGCAGCCUUCCUCCCAGCCUGUCCAGUACUCUGCAGUGUCGUACCCACCCCCGCUGCUGCCAGCCUCCUCUGCACAGCAGUACUCUGUGCAGGACAACCUGGGAUCGCAGUUCAGCCACCUGAGCCUGGCGCGGCAGCCGCCGGCCGAGGGCGCGGAGCCGGGCCCGGCGCUGUUCCAGCCCGGCGUGGUGCUGCAGCCGCCGCAGCAGCCGGGCUACAUCCUGAGCGCCGCGCCCGCCGCAGCGCAGCCCCCGCCGCAGCCCUACUCGGGCCCCGGGCACGCCGUGGGCCAGCCCGUGCUCCCGCAGCAUCCGCAGGGAUACGUGCAGCAGCCCGUGCCACAGAUGCCACCCUGUUACUGUACCCCCAGCCAGUACCCGCACUCCAGCCAGCAGUACCGCCCUGUUUCUGUCCAUUACAGCACGCAGCAGAGCCAGGCCCUGCCCCAGCCUGGCCAGCAGACAGGUUACCAGAUUUUGCCCAACCAGCAGCAAAACUACCAGGGUUUAGUUGGAGUUCAGCAGUCUCAAAAUCAAAACCUAGUCAGUGGCCAACACAACAACAUUGGGAAUCAAAUUCAAGGUGUGAUUGUUCCAUAUCCCUCAGUGCCAUCUUACCAGGUUUCGGUGCCUCAAGGUUCCCAAGCAGUGCCCCAGCAGACAUAUCAGCAGCCUGUUAUAAUUCCCAGUCAGUCCAGCCAAGGACUGCCCACCACAGGAAUGCCAGUCUACUACAGUGUCAUUCCAUCAGGUCAGCAGAACAAUCUAAGUUCAUCUGUGGGAUAUUUGCAGCCUCCUGGAUCAGAGCAGAUACAGUUUCCUAGAACAUCAUCGCCAUGCAACUCACAGCAGCUUCAAGGACAGCAGUGUGCAGUUUAUAGCAACCAUUCAAGUCAGAAGCCAUCACCUCCUACAUUAUUGCCACCUUCAUCCAAGUCAAAGCCACAGCAGGCUGCUUCCAUUGUGCACUACAGCAUAGUGUCUCCACCCUCAUCAUGUAAAAGUUCACCCACUGGUCUUUCCAUCAUGCAGCCAAAAAAAGCCGCGGCGCCCGCCGGGGGAGUGGUGAUGAUGCAGCUCAACGUGCCCGGCAGCGCCGCGCCGCGGAACCCGUCACCGCCGCAGAGGAAGGCCGGCAAGUACUACUGUGAGCACCCCCGCGGGCACAAGGCCACGGAACUCAGCACUUUAGACGGUGCUGCACAGCUGCAGCAUAGUCCUCAACUGGGCAGCCCUGCCACCUCACCGGCCCAAUCACCAGCACCAGCCCAGCUGUCAAACAUGAAGAACAUCCGUCCCACACUGACACCUCUUUCUAUUGUGUCCCAGUUUUCUAGACCUUUUGUCCCUGGACAAGGAGAUGCCAGAUACCCAUUGCUUGGCCAACCCCUGCAAUACAAUCCAUCUUUGUUACGUGGACAAGUAACAAGCCAACAGUGUCAGCCUGGAAACAGACAUGGAAACAGGGGAAAGAAACCAGCAAAGAAGGCUGCUUCAGCAGAUCUUGGUGCAGGAGAACCAGUUGUGGGGAAAGUUCUAGAAAUUACUGAGCUGCCGGAAGGCAUAACUCGUAUGGAAGCAGAGAAACUCUUUGGAGAACUGUUGAAAGUGGGUGCCAAGAUCCGGUGGCUGAGGGAUUCGCAGUGCCUGCAGGCGCAGCAGCGGCGGCUCUGCGGGGACGGGGGCCCGGAGCCCUCGCGGGCCGGGGACUUGGCGUCCACCUACACGGUUCUGGCCACCUUCCCCAGCAUGGCGGCCGCGCAGAGCGCGCUCAAGAGGCAGAGCGGCGCCGCGCUCAGCAAGUUCCGCCUGAGAACCAGCAAGAAGCACUACGACCUCCACGUGCUGGAGAGGGCCAGCUCUCAGUAGCACUCACACCGCUGGACACUCGGCCUCUACGACUUCCAUGCCCUCCCUCCUCGAUUGGUUUGAUGUCAUGGGGUUUCUGUUCUCUUCAGAGAGACUCCUGGGAUGUUUUGUCACAUGACGUUUGCCAUUGAAGAAUAAAUAACUCGGUGAAUCCAGCAAGAUGAAGAAAACAAUUUACAGAGUUACUCCCAGACAAUAGCAAGGAAUCAUCUUUGUGACAGUCAGCUUUCUGUAAGGAAUGCUGCUGAAAUGCCCCCUACUUUUAUAGUAGUUUUGUUUUAUAUUUUUGAAAUCUUGUAUCAGAUCCAAAGUUCUAUUGUACAGCAGAUGUUCAUAAAAAUCCAUAUGCAGAUUUGUAUUUUAUAAUCCCUUUUCACAGCCAGCACACAGCAGUCCAUUCCAAGGCAGGAACCUGAGGAUUGGUGGAGGGGAAAAGAGAACCAUUCUCAAGGAAUUACGUUCAUUUUUUAGCAAACUACCCAAGAUCUUCAAGUUAACCUGUUCUUUGCCCCUUGUGUGUUUUUUCUUUUUUUAUUUCUUUUUGUCUGUUUCUUCUAUUUCUAUUUUUCUUUAAAAAAAAAAAAAAGUAUAAUUUUAGUAACUAACUCCUGAGGUCCUUGUCUUUUUCAAUAUAGUCAAACAAUGUCAAAAGAAAUUACAAGUUUGUAUCCUUGAAGAAUUUGCUUCUGAUCCAGCAAGUUAAAUAAUUACUAGAAGGGGAUUAUGAAUAGGUUACAAAGAUAAUGUUCACUGAAUCACAUUUUAAUAUUUCUUUUUAACAAAAACGUGAAGACACUUUAUGUAUCUUCUUACAAGUGACAAAAUGUUUGCACUUUAAUUGCGUUUCCACCAGUAUGGGUCUCUUUCUCUUCCUUUUCACGCUAAGAUAAUUGUGUUUGGUAAGUGCUGGAAACCUUUUUAAUAGUUUAAGUUUUCAUCAUUUGCAGAUGCUCGCUGGACAUUAAAGAUUCAUUGCACAUAAAUGAAACAACUUUUUUCAACUUGUGUAAUUUGCAAGUCUGUACAAUGUGUGCUGAUGCAAGCCUUUUUCAGUUCAAAAGAAUAAAUGUUUACAAACACAAACUUUUUCAGUGCACUUGUUUAAGCUUCUAGGAGUCUUCUGAAACCUGAAUGAGCUGAUAUUAAUGGCUGGAAUCCUUUCAAAUGUGAGAAAACAACUUGAACCCACAAAUAUGGCAACCUCUUAAAAAACCACCUGCUGUUUCCUCCUCUGGCAUUUAUGUUAUCCAGCCCUUCAUAAUAUUUAAAUGUUUCUCUAUAAAAGUAAAAAAGGAGAAAUUAAUCAGAUGCUGUAAGGGGCUGCUCCUGAUUUUUUAUUUUUAGCUCAGGAACUGAUUUGGUGUGUAGACAAGCAACUACUUGGUCACUUCAUAAGGCUAUCAUUUUGUGCGUUUGUGACUUCUGAAAGAGGAAACUCAAGGUAAACUCUGUGUUUAAAAACAUUUUACAUGGGGUAAAGGUGAAGAAUUAAAGUGCCUAAACCAGCAUUAAUUUUCAUAGUUUAUACAAAUUAUUCUAUCCCUGAACACCCAAACAGUGAUGACUUGGAGGAAAACUUAGAAAACUGACCUGUCUGGGAAUAAUGUAGCCUAAUUAAUGUGUUUUAUGGUACUUGAUUCUGUGAAAUGCUGCAGCCACAGUAUUUACUAAAGGUCAGCUUAGAUGCUCCCCUAAAACAAAAGGGAGAAUGUUAACCUUCCAGUCCCCAGAUAAAAGGCAAAUCUACUCACUCAAAGGAUGGUGCUUGGCAUUGAAUUGUGCUGAGGAUGUAUUUCUUGCUGCUCCUCGGGCUGGACUGCUGCAGUUUACUGCACCCAAAGCUGGUAAAACCCCCAGUUUAUCAAUGACCCCCUCCUCUGAACAGCUCAGACAACAUGACUACUGCCUGCAUUCUCACUGCCUCUUGCUGACUGCCAUGCUAGUUUAGGAUGAUGGUUUAAUCCUGUACAAGUAGCUAAGAGAUUAAAGGGCUGUAGGGACACCUGUCUCAGCCCAGCAAGGCAGCUGCCUCCCAUCAUUAACUCAUUCCACAAGAAGAUUCUUCAGCUGUGGAAGGGUGGGCAGUACUGAGAGCUUCCAUCUAUUCUGAAUGACCCCAGCACUACAUUUGCAUCAAAUCAAACUCUUUCCAAAGGAUAUUGCAUGGCUUGCUGCAUUUCAUAAACUGUCCUCAUAAUAAACAGAGAAGAAAAGGUAAUGUGAGGUAAGAAUGGAGAAUGCAGCCCAAACAACAGAAAGGGAGGGAUACACAGUUGGGAACAAGGCACGGAAAAUAUUUCAUUUUUAUCAAAGAAGUUGUAAACUUGAAUGCAAGUUGCCCUAGAAGAAAAAAUUAAAACCUGUAAGAAGCCAGUUGUAUUCUAAUGCAGAAACUGACCCUUUCCAGUUAGGCCUGCCAUCCUUUCUGAGCCAUCCUUUCUGAGUAUGUUUUACUCUGUGUAGUAAACAGGGAUGGUUAUGUUAUUUUGUCUGGAUGUGUUGAUAUGAGCCACACAGGUACAAUUCACAGGACUUUAGCACUGCCAGAGGUUCUGAUGUCUACAGUGGGCAAAGUAUUAAAGUAUUUCCACUUCACAGUUGUGUUUAUUCCUGGGUUUGUGCCAUUUCAUGCUUUCUCUAGUUAACAAACAGGAUGCAAAUUCAUGUAACCAAGACAGUUUAUACCUUUAUACCCUUCUGCCCCUUUUGGUUCCUUAAACCACAUAAGCCCAGGCACUAUCUGCAAAACCCCUGGAAUUGCAUUUGUUCCACGGAUCUGGAUCACGGUCUAGUAAGCAAAUAAAAGCACUUCAUGCAUGUGAUAGAUGCAUGUAAAAUACAUUCUCAUGUUCUCAACAAAUCUUUUAGUAGUCCAGUGUAUUUGAGCUUCCUCUUAUUUACCAUUAAAGCUAUUUUUUAAACCAAAUUGUGGCAAAAGGAAUUAAGUGGGGACUUCCAUUGCAGCAAUAUAAUGUUUUGUUUUACUUGAGAGCAUGUAUUAACUUUUAGAACUAAGGAAAGCACUGGAAGAAUAAGCAGAAAAGCUGAACAAAUGCAGCCAUUACCCACUCCACCAAAAGCUACUAUUUCUUGAUUUUAAUUUUCAAUUACUGCACUUACAUUGUAAAAUUCCUCCCUGAACUGUGAACACUUCAUAUCAUUUCUGAUAUUAGCCAAAAAAAAAAAAUUAAGAAUAAAAAUUUAAGCCCCAUACUUUGAGGACUGUCCAAACUGCACAGGCCUGAUGCUGGAAUUGGGUGGAUCAUUCCAGCAUACCCUAAAAUUCAUCCUCACAGCCCGCGUGUGCCUACCAGGCUGUGCCUGCUGUAUUUUGGUAAGACAGGGUUGGUUGGAAACAAGCAUCUUGCAUCUCCCCUGACAUUCCUCCCUGAGCAAAUGUCACCUGUUCUAAUAGGAAAUGUUUUUCUUUCACUCACAUACACUUAGAAAACUGACAUGAAAAGGAGCAGAAUGUCUAGGAAGGCAGAAGCUGUGCUUUGGUGUACACAGGCUGUAGUGCUUGGGUGUCUCCCGCUGUAACCACCCCUAAUCCUUUUGCAGACAGGUGAUGUUUGAAGAUUGGCUGGCACAGGGCAGCUGUUUGCAGAUGGGGUUCUAUCAAAGCACCAGAAGAACUGUGCAGCUCAAUGAAUCCAGUAAAGUACCUGAGUACACAACACGCCUUUCACAGGGAGAACAUUUUCCUAUUUCCUAUCUUCUUGCAAGCCAGAUCCCUCUACAGGUGGAAUGAAUAGUUGUAUUCUCAUCCUAUGACACUCAUUUGUGCCUUAAAACUUCACACCUGACUUGUUUUGAGUUAACUUUGUACUAGCUUGGAUGCCUGAAAGGGAGUCAAAAUUACAACUUUCUAUAAAUACUAUUUAACUCCAUGAUAUAUUUUUUCUACAUAAAAUUGGUGCAGGCUUCAAGUAUUCAUCCCUGAAGCAAAGAAUGUUUAGAUGAAGCUUUGGAGAAAACUGAGCAAAACACUUUUAAGUUACAGAUCAUGAAAAAUUACUGCAGCUGGAUUUUUAUAUAUAUUUCUAACUAUGAAAUAAUUAUUUCAAUUCCUUCAAUGUUUCUACAGCUUGGUUUUCAUGAAGGUUGAUACACUGCCUCUUCUCAAUGUCCUACUCCUAUUCACAUUUAAAACAUUUGGGGUAUUUUGGCUAUUGAUGUCAGUAAGUAUAAAAUUAAAGUGCACAAUGUUAAUGUGACUUCAUUUUGGACACGUCCUUAAAAGGGCCUGAUUUUCAGAACAAUCUGAAAAUUAAGUCCCUGUAAGUUACCAUAUUCUAGAACCUACAAAGACCAAAGUCACCAUUCACGUCCAAAACCUUCAGUGUAAAUUAAGCUGCCUCUUGGAUUACUUGAAAAUGUGUGCAAUUAUGUUCUUAACCACAAUGUAUAUGAGCCUCCUCUUACUUCAGCGUCUGCCUUGUCUUCAGACUUGUAGGGCUGGGGUUUGGCCCUGACUCAGUUCAGUAGCCCUCACUGCAAGGUUCAUGUUUUAUCCUGCUUGCAACCCUUUGAUGUUUCACAGUGUCUGUCAAAAUGUGUUGGGUUGAAAGCAGAAUUUGCUGAAAAUGUGAUUAAGCAUUAAAAUCUGGUCCAGGACACAAACACUUCAGUGUUUGCUGCUAUUUUUUCCUUCUCCAGUCUCACUGGUAGCAGAGUCAUUAUAUGGGAUGCUUGCAGCUGAAUGGACUGUGCCUGCACUUGGGAAAAGAAAUGGAAUGUCAGAUGAGCCUGGUGCUGUAAACCAAAGAGCUGUAGAGGACAACCUGUGUGUCGCUGGCAGUUGUAUGCUUUUAAAACUGGAAUAAGUUAUAAAAAUAAACUGUGUUGCUGUGGA